AUGGCGGAACCGUGGCUAGAUGGCCUCGAUGACGACUGGGACUCGCAGCAGGUUGUCUCUGCGACCAAUUCACCUGUCCUUCCGGCUGAUUGCGACGAGGUCGACGCCGACACCUCGCCCACUCCCUCUCCACGGCCUUAUCGCGACAGCUCCAGCGCCAGCAACCAACCCCACAGCUACCGCUACUCGGGACAGACCUCCACGGUGAACAGUAUGGGCGAUGGCAAUGGCGAUGGCGAUGGCGAUGGGACGAUGCAGAUCAAAUCGCGGCGUGAGGGAGGCGGCAACACCACUCCAGAGUGGAAGAGGAGAAUCAUCAGAGGCGAGCGCGCGCUGGGCGAGGCGAGCGACCUUUUCGGCCCAAUGGGGCUGGAGACCGUCUUCAGGCCGCCAUCGUUCUCAGAGUCGCUGUUUCAGUCCCAUCUCUCGGUCCCUGUGGCUGCUGAUGCGGCCGCUCGCCAGGACGGCGUAUCAUCUGCCCGCGAGCCGUUCCACAGCCAGAGAACAAAUGGCACGCAGAGGAGCCAACGGAGCCAACGGAGCUUAUGGAGUCAACGGAGCCAGCGAAGCCAGCGAAGCCAGAGGAGCCAGAGGAGCCGCGGAGGGCCUUUUCGCGAUUCCCAUGGAGGAAGCGACACAUCGUGGAUGGAACAUAUGUCAGAGGUCAUGAUAGGAGGUGAUGGCAGGCCCUACACGCCGCACAAGAACCAGGCUGAAGGCAUCGAGCCCCUGCGAGAACACCUCUCCUCCCUGAGCAUCGAAUUCAACUCGAGACUGAGUUCCAGCAGCCAUGCCAGCGCUAGUGUCAUACGGGAUAACGAGGCCAGCUACAUCUCACUGCCCAAACGCAACCAGUCGAGCCGGAGUCCGACACGUUUGGAGAACAUGGCUGCUUGCAGUGAUAGCCGCCUGCCAGACGAUAGCCUCGAUGCCGACUCCGAGAACCUUACUUCUAUAUCACUACCAGAGGGCUUAUCAAUGGGUACACAGGACUGCACGUCACCGGGCGACGCAUUGGACACUUCACGUCAAGCAGCCUAUUCGGACAGCGACUCCAUUCGCAUACGGACAGUUAGCGCGUCGUCACGCCCACCGCACCCUCAAAGCUCGAUACUAGAGGGGGGAGUCCCGAUACCUCCUGUACCGCAGACACCGCAAACACCGCCAUCAAUACGCCUUCACUCUCCCCCGGACGUGGAACAGCUGGCAGAGGAUAGCUCAAAACCCAGACCCUCGUCAUCAGGAAGCCCUUUGAAGCUGUUUGGAAACCAUGAUACCUACACAAGCAACAAGCUCCUGCGCAGGAUGAGCCAGUUCGAGGCUGCCAACGCCUCAGGUGCGGACGAUGCUAGUCACCUCGACGCAGAACGCGAGGACAUGAGCCCAGAUGGGCUGCCUAAGUUGUCCUCCAGAACCAAUAUUUCCAGGUCGAGCCAUACUACACACCUGGGAAUGGAUAAUAAACAACCUCGAAAUUUACUUCAAGUCCCCAGUUCACCACAGGAUAAAGAAAACAGCAGUCCGCACCAAGCAUACGAGAAACAGCUACCACCCCUGUCCAAAACAGAAGCUAAAAGGAGCCUGAAACGGUCGUCGAAAAUCACAGUCUCAAAAAGAAGGAGGACACUGCAAGUUCUCCCAGGCCAAGAUCAGGUUUGGGACGAGUCAAUACUUGAUUCUACGGGGCCUUUCUCUAAUCAUUCCCUCACCGAAGGUAUGGAUGGAAGUCAACAACGUCUUCCGUCCUACUCAAGGCCAGCUGCCCCUACGCCGACUAGUUUCCGACCUAUCACAGCGAACGGCCAGUCCCUGUUUGCUGGCCCUGACAAGCAGGAAACAGCGGCAUGUCCCGGUGCCAGCUUUGUUUUCCACAUCGAACACCCCAGGAAAGGCUCGAUUACCACCCAGGAAUACUAUAAUGAAGCAUCCAAAGUGAUGGACCAUAUCAGGGCCCAGGGAGGGCCAAUAAGCGGCUCUACCCGGCGAAAUGAGGGUUAUCAAACCAUCUAUGAGGAUGAUUCCGCGCUAUACAGUGACGCGUCCAGCGAAGAACAGUUCUCGCGGCCUCCCAGUCGUGACGGUGUUGAUUUAAGAAAACAGAGAGAAGUGCCUCCGCCAAACCCAAGAAUUAUCAGCCACUUGAAGAAGUUCGAAGAGAAAGACGAGUUCCAUGUUGGAAUGGGUGCUUCCGUUGGAACGUUGAAAUUCAGACAACAGAAUGGUCUGCUACAUCCAAAUCAGUCACCCCAUCGAGAUGCUGGAUACUUUGAAGAUACUGUGGAAAGCAGCCCUGAGAAUAUCCGGAUAAGGUCCAACGUCCGUCAUGAUGGGCAGCAGGCCGAGCUAGUACUUCGGUCAGAGGAGUCCGUCAAGAGCCAAAAGUCAGCAACAAGCCUCCCGACCGGAUUUUCGCAGGGCUCUGCCAAUAGUUCUGGUGCAAAGGGGGUCAUAUCUUCGGAUCGAGUUUCCCAUUUGAUUCCAGAAAACAUUGGAAGAAUGAUAUUUGAUCGAAAUACGCAAUGUUGGGUAAAGAAUCCCGCCAGGUCCGAUCCAGAUGCUCAUAAUCGCUCCCAAACCGUCAGUGAAGAUGAUCCUUUCAAAGAUAUAUCUGAUCUCAGUGUCGAUGAGCUGAAAGAACUUGCUAUCGCUCGCGGUCUAAUGCCAGCGGGGACUGUAUUCGGCUCUGGGCCUGAAUUGCCAUUGCCUGAGGAGUCUCUCCCACCAGAGCCCGAAAAGAAGGCCUCUUUUCAAGCUGAGCACAAUCCUCGCCCACAAACUCGCGAGAGCGCCCAGAACCCGAUGUCUGAGUCAAGCUCUGUACAGUCUAAAUACACUCGAUUUACGGUUAGUGUUCCCAAGCCAGGCACCAGAGCUACUUCCUGGGGAUCAGAAGAGUUCCAAAACCAUAAAAUAAGCCUCGAAAAGCCCCAAGUUCUUGAUCAAGAGGAGCAAGUCGAACAACAACCAGACGUCUACAGUGGGCCGUUGCAUGAGCCAAACACCCGUACACGAUCUGGCACUAUCACUUUUUCCUCUCCAUUGGUUUCUGGAGUUGCAUACCAGGGUGAAGAUGAAUUAUGUUCAGAGCAUACCCAAGAAGCUCGCGAGUGGAUAUCUGAUGCCGCACCUCAAAGUCCACUGGGAAAUGUCCCACCGCAUGAUAUUCCAUUACCGGAACAAGAUUGUUUUGAACUAUCGUGCAUACAGGAAGGCACUGAAGAAUCAAUUGAUGACCAGGGUGAAGAGCAGAACAACGAUCUCUCUGUUAUACCAUCGGUAGCAGAUGUUGAUCGGUCGGUUAUGAUUGCUCCACCCAACCUGGGUUCGAGCAACUACAGUUUCCACAUGAGCCCUCUGUCAGAGUUCACAGUCAAUCAAGUUGAUGAGUCCAUGAGAGGAGAGCGCAGUUAUAUUGCCAAACGCGCUAACCCACACGCACUACGACAACUACACGGGAAACUAGCACUAGCCGCUGAGGACAUCGUGCAACACAUUACAGACGCAGAGCCAUAUGAGGCAUACUGGGAACAGAUGCGUCGGCUGGUCCUUAGGGGGAAGAGACUGUUAACCCUCCAUCAGCUUGACAAGUAUUGUCCUCAGCUCCAGGAGUUGGAUGUAGGGGAGAACAAGCUCGCUCACCUAAAUGGCAUCCCGGCAACGGUCCGAAGCCUCGCCUCGCCAUAUAAUUGCCUUUCUAGUCUGACUUCAUGGAGCCAUCUAUCGAAUCUUCAGUAUCUCGAUAUAUCCGGUAACGACUUGGACAAUCUUGACGGUCUCUCUAAUUUAUAUCACCUGCGGAGUCUGAAUGCGAGCAAUAAUAAGCUCACGUGCAUCAAGGGGAUCUUUGGGCUAGAUGGUCUGUUAACGCUUAAAGUCUCAAAUAAUCAAUUGACCUCCGUGGACUUUAAGCAUGCGGAUCUCAUCCGACUGAGUAAACUAGACCUGUGUGGUAAUGACAUUCAUACCAUACAGAAUCUUGAUGCCCUACAUGGGAUUGAAACCAUUGAUCUUCGAAAAAACCAGAUCCAAGAGUUCAAGGUACGCCGGCCUCUUCGACGUCUAGACAUCCUCAAGUUGUCCGGGAACCGUCUCGGCCAGCUUGAUUUGUCGGUUUUCCCAUCAUUGCGUGUUCUAUAUGUCGACUGCAAUCAUCUCAGCACUGUAGAGAAGCUUGAGGAUUGCCGAUUCCUCGACACCCUCUCUAUGCGGGAGCAAAGUAUACCCUCUAAUGACCCCAGUGGCUCUAUAAGCUAUGCUGAACCUAUACCGAUAAAUCUCAAUCUGGGCAAGGUGUCUUCAAUCCGCAAACUAUUCCUUUCAUCGAACUUCCUCUCGGCAGACACACUCAGGCCAGAUACUCCCAUUCUAAGCUUGCAACUUUUAGACCUGGCCUCGUGCACGCUUGAGGCUUUGCCUGAGCAAUUUGGGGAAACAUUUUCUAACCUAAAGACACUUAAUCUGAAUUUUAACGCCUUACCGGAUAUAAAUGGUCUACGAGGCAUAAAACGACUGAACCGGCUGACCUUGGUAGGCAACCGCAUCGCACGACUCCGACGCAUGUGCAAGGUCCUGGCCGAAAUUGGUGGAGCCCACGGUUCCUUGACCAGAGUCGACCUGCGAGGAAACCCGAUAACCGUUGGAUUCUAUCCACCGCCAGUAUCAGGAAGCGGGAAGCCGCAGCAAAGAUACACAGGAAAUAAUACCCAGCGGGACCUUAUCAAACACAAGGCGGACGAUGACGACCUCCUUAACCGGUCACUUCCAUACAUCGGAGGAGGAAAGGACAUUGCCCGACACCCUUCAUACCAUUCUAACAACUACAUUGAUUACCCUCCCCUGGACGCUCACGAGGAACAAAACGAAGCGGAAAACAAUGAAAAGGAGGUGGAUGACCCGUACACCGUCCCGUUCGCGGAUCCAUUCGCAGAUGCGAAGUACCAGGCACACCUCGACGAGCCUACCCGGCUCCGACGACGGGUGAUAGAACUGAUGAUCCAGAAUGCUACGUCAGGACGACUAACGUAUCUCGACGGUCUGCCGCAGUGCAGUUCGCCGGAUGACAACGAAAUUAAUGAUGAUGACGGCGGCGGGCAUGUCGGUCCUGGAGAUGCACAUGUCCAUGCCCACGAAGGCGCAGUGAGGGUGAAAAAGGACUGGGUAUGGAAUCGACUGGAACAGCUGGGAGUAUUGAGGAAGAAGGAAAAGGCAAGGGAGAAAGGCAACGGGAGAGUAUAA